AUGAGCAACAUUGCCUUUUCAGGUGCCAACCGAGGCCUCCAAAUAGGGGUAAAUCAUGGCUCAAUCACCAGUUCUUUCAACACGUACAACCAGAAUACCCAGGGAGGCCCGCUCUUCAACGGGAAUAUAUCGGCGGGACGCGACGUGCAUAUCAGUAAUACGAUCAACAAGGCAUAUCAUCUUUUCCAAAGCUCUCUUGAUGCUCCGAGCCUGUUUAGCCAAGUGCAAAGCGACCUGGGGAUCCUGAACAGUGUCCUCACGCUAACCCGACAACGAUUCGGCGAAUGCAACCCAAGCGAAACAGAGCACCAGACAUUGAACGCUGUGCUGAGAAGCUGCGAUGAUGCCUUUGCGGAUCUCUCGCAAAUGAAAGAGCGCUUCGAUCAUGUCGAUCCGGAAACGCAGGUCCAAUUCGAGCGGUUCGGUAUUGGCGUGGAGCAAAUUCAAGAUAUCCGAGCAAGAAUAACGAGCAAUAUCCAAGCUUUAAAUCUCUUGACAUCUGAAAUGACAAGGUCCUCCCAAGCCAACGUUGAGCGACUAUUGACCAAGUUCAUUGGCGAGGUCCGCGCUGGAAAACGCGAUGCGUCACUCACUGAAGACGAGGCGGAGGCUUGGAGACUGAUACGAAAAGAUUUACAGAGCAUCGGUCUUACGCCUGAUGCUUUCCAUAAAAAUCACGACUUUAUUGUCGCCACUCUUCGAGAUUCGCUGCCAGUCUUUGGAGUCGCUCUCCCGGGAGAUACUGAAGUGCUGGACGACCUAAGUGACGAAUUCUACGAUGCAGAAGAUACCCCCAACGAGAAAACGAGGGACACGCACAUCCCAGGUGUCCAAGGCCCGAGCUUCCACCCUUCCGAGAACUGGCUAGAAUAUUCAGAAUCUGAAUCCGAGAAUGAGAAUGACCGAUCUUUGAACAGCAGAGGCCUGACUAUCCAAAGAGGAACUGAAAGUGACCCUCGAGAACCGGAGUCUACCCCGGAAACCAGACUCCGUGGGGUUCGGGUUCUUCCUCUUUCUCGUCCUCUUCGGCGAGCGGGGGGUCACACUAGCUCUGCUGUUGAUUACGACGUGAAAUAG